ACGGGCAACAAACCGGGAUCGAUCUGCGCAUACACGCAUGGUCACGACGACGACGCCGUCGCUGCCGUGCCCCGUCUUCGACCACGGCACCAUUCUGCUGCGGACACCGGCGACCGCGAGGAGUACCAAGCGCGCGCGGAGCCAUGGCGCGCCGUCGACGACGCUACCGGACGACGCCCUCUUGGAGAUCUUCGCCCGGCUGCCGGCCAAGUCGGUCGGCCGCCUGCGCUGCGUGUCGCGCUCGUGGGCCGCCACGCUCAAGUCGGACCCGUUCGUGGACCUCCACCUCCGCGAGGCCAACCGUCACCAGCAGCCGACCCCCAAGCUCUUCUUCACCACGGCGCACCCAGACAACAGAUGGCACCUCGACGAGGUCCUCACCAAGCCCUGCCAUGGCCUCGUCCUGAUCCGCCGCCCGCCCCACCGCCGCCACUUCGUCUGCAACCCGAGCACCGGCGCGCUCCUGCCCCUCCCCGACAGCUACAACUGCCGGCGGCGCAACGGCGAGUCCUACGGCCUGGGCUACAGCCCGGUCACCAAGGAGCACAAGGUGGUGCGGCUCUUCUCCUCCUUCCGCUCCACCCCCUGCUGCGAGGUCUUCUCGCUCGACGUGUCGGCGCACUGGAGAGCGGUAGCUCGGCGGUCUCCCCCCUCGCGCGCCGCCGUGCGAGGUGACCCGGCCGUGUUGUGCGACGGGUACCUGCACUUCCUCCAGGUACGACGAAAACAUGGCGGCAGCAUCCUCACCUUCGACGUCGGCGACGAGACCUUCGGUUCACUGAGCACGCCUCCGUCGGUGCAAGACGACGACAGUCCGCCCGAGCUGACGGUGCUGGGCGGACGCCUGUGCCUGUGCGUCUUCCAUGAGCGUCGACCUCCCACUCGCAGCGACGCCGACCCUUACUGCAUCUGGCGCCUGGCCUGCCGGGAGUCCGGGUACUGGGAGAAGCUCUACCGCGUGCUGCACCAUCAGACCCUUAGGCCCGAGCUCGACCUGCUGCGGGUACACUGGGUCUCUCCCCUCGAAACCUACCUCGCGGGCAACGGACGGACGAAGAUCAUGUUCGCCACGGAGGAGGGCGUGCUGGCGUUCGACCUCGAGGGCGGCGGCGUCCCGGUCCCGGAGGUGCUGGUCGCCGACGGAGCUCGUUUCCGCCGGCGACGACGAAGAAGCCACUGUUAAACAUUGUAAUGUGUUGUAACGUGUGCGUGCGUGUCUGUUGUAAUCCGGUUAGGCUUAGAGAUAUGAUCCCAUAUUCUGUUAGGUUACUUGGAGAUCAAUCCUAGCCUAACCAACUCCUGUAAUCUCCUGGCCUCGAGCCCUAUAUCAACACGCACGCGUCCCUGCGCAAAGCAUACGCUUAAGCCUAGUUUUCUACAUGGUAUACAGAGCCUAAACUCUUCCAUCGCAUCUAGAUGUCCUCGUCGUCCUCC